AGCCUCAUGCUUGGCAGCUAUGGGGCGGGGUCCGCCCUGGGAGUGUCGAAUUAACCCCUGCGCUGAGUGAAGGUCUGGCAAAGAGUUUGCAUUCCUCUUUUCAGGUCUGUUGCAGCCACCCUUUUGCUUUUGAGACCAGAAACCUCAUCUGAGAAGUUGGAGACUCCGAAACUCCCAAUGUCUCGAAAUUUCUCUGACCCAGGCAACAGGAAAGAACAUGUUAAAAUCACGAGUGAACGGAAGCCAGGAUUUCUGGAGCGCCUCAGUGAGACAUCUGGAGGGAUGCUCAUUGGACUUGCCACUUUUGCAAUGUCCUUCUACAUCCUCUUUACCAAUGAGGGCCGAGCUUUGAAGACAGCCACCUCUCUUAAUGAGGGGCUUUCUCUGGUGGUCUCACUCGACAACAUCCAGAGUGUAUUACAAGAGAAUGACCAUAAACUCGUGCACCUGUCAGGACCCCUUAGAACAUUAAAGCCUUUGUAUGAUCCCAGCUACGGGCUCUCCAUCCGGGCUGUCAAACUUAAACGUCAUGUGGAGAUGUAUCAGUGGGUAGAAUAUGAAGAAUCCAAGGAUUAUGAAGAGAAUGGUGAGCUUAAGAAAGAAACCAGAUACUCAUAUAAUACUGAAUGGAAAUCAGAGGUUGUGAACAGCAGAAACUUUGAUCGAGAAAUUGGCCAUAAAAACCCCAGUGCCAUGGCUGUUGAGUCUUUCACAGCAGUUGCUCCUGAUGUCCAAGUUGGCAGUUUUUUUCUUUCCAAAGGCCUCAUUGAGAAAAUAGAUAACUUCAAACAAAUGAGCUUGUCAAAACUGGAAGAUCCACAUGCUGAUGUGAUCCGCUCUGGGGAUUACUUCUUUCACAGUGACAAUCCUCGACGUCCAGAAGUUGGAGACCUUCGUGUUUCUUUCUUUUAUUCGGGUUUGAGUGGAGACUCAUCCCACUUGGGUCCAGCAGAUAUGGUGACUAUAAUUGCUCGGCAACGAGGGGACCGCUUAGUUUCAUACAAAACCAAAGCUGGUGAUGCUCUGGAGAUUCUUCAUCCUGAUGAGCUUUCCGCUGAGGAGGUGUUCCAGAAGGAGCUUGAAUGUAACAGCAUGAAGACUUGGGGUCUACGUGGAGCUGGCUGGCUGGCUAUGUUUGUGGGCAUCAACCUUAUGAUGAAAAUUUUUUACACCCUGGUGGAUUGGUUUCCAGGAAUCCGGGAGCUGGUUAACAUUGGCCUGAAAGCAUUCGCCUUUUGUCUGGCCACUUCUUUAUCCCUGCUAACUAUUUCAGUGGGGUGGUUCUUCUACCGGCCACUCUGGGCUAUACUGAUUGGGUUGCUGGCGGCAGUUCCCAUUGUGAUUGCCAGGUCUCGAGUUCCACCCAAGAAGCAGCAGUAACAGGGCGAAGAGCGCGCCCAUCUUUGUGGCUUAAUUCCUUUGGAACUUUGACACAUCCAGAGCAUCUAUCCAGCUUGAAGCCAUUAUCACUGUCCAGUGUGUGUUUUGUGUGUGAAAAACAAAACUUGACAAUGCAGCACAGGCAAUUAAUACCAAAAAUGUUAUUAGUGGACCUAGAUGCAUAGAAAUUUGUACAGUUUUUAUUGUGUGAUCAAGUACUUGUUUUUAUACUAAGCUGAUGAAUCUUGAGAUGUGACAAUUAUUGAGUGCCUGGUUGCUACAUUUAAGUGGCAGGAACUUUGAAAGCAUCUGCCGGUUCUCAUAAGAGGAGGAUCGGGGCCUGUAGCCUAGACGGGGGCCGGGAGGUUUCAAAACAGUGUAAGGUUUUUUAAUAUUCUUAAUCUGAAUUUGUGCACUUUUUUCCCUCCCUGCCAUCCAUCACCUUAUGUCUUCUAAAAAUAUAUGCUACCCUGUAUUUUGUUUUUCUUGCUGCUGUAGUUAUAGUCCUUUUAUUUCUUUUUUGCUUGUGCAUUUAAAUUACAAUCGAUUGAAAAAUCUUCAGCAUUGUAAAGGUUACCUCUGUUGUCUAGUCAAGGUGUUUAACAACACUGUUUAUUUACUGUUGCCACUGAGCUGAAAUUUGUAUGCGGAUUUCAAGCAAAUCAUGUGUUAACUUAAGGUGCCUUUUUGCUCGGGGGAAUAUAAUGUUUGGUAGAUACUAUAUUACCUCUAUUGGAUUUGUUUCUGUAAUCAUCAUUUUAUUGGGAUGGUGAGGAAAUGAGGACUUCUCAGACAAUGGCUUUACAAUGAAGGCACAUAAACUCCUGUAAGAGAAACGCAGCGCUGUGUUCUACAAGUCUGCAAUAAGCUGAAAUGUAUAAUUGUCUCAUUAUCAACUGCAAUAAAUUAAAAAGAAUAUUUCUAUGUAGAUGGACAUACUGUUCAUCCAUCACUCUACUGAGGAGCUUAGAGCAGCAUACACAGCUCUUCCUGCCUCCAUUUAAUCUUCACAAGAACUCUUGUGAGAUUAAGCGGAGUCUGUGUGACUGGCCCAAGGUCACCUCAUGAGUUCCAGGGCAGAGUAGGCAGCUGAACCUGCAUCGCCCCCAGUCUUAGGCACAGUCUGAUCCCUACUGCAUACUAUUUUUAAUGUUUUUGCUGUUAUCCAGAGUAUUUGAAAAGCUAUGGUAGACCAACCAGAAAAUUAAUGUAAAAGUAUGUCCUUCCCAUAUCCCAAUGGUGAUAUGAUAGGUUAACCUAAUAGGCAAACCGCUACAACUGGACCAGCAAACUCAACUGUGUGCUUUGUCAGUGUGACUUCCUGCUUAAAGCAAAAAACUGUCCCUUCUCAGUAUUUGUAUAUUUUCCAGGAGUAACUUCUAAAACCUGUUUUCUGUUAAUGGAAGCACCAAACCUCUGUAUUUUCAUAAUAAAGCUUCAUACAUGGUG